UCCUCGUCCCUCAUCCCCGUCCUCCUCGUUUUCUGCCUGGCUGAGGUCCCGCACGCCGUCAAAUAUUUACUUCCUGUACAUCAAGCGGAAAGGGGGUCCCCCUUUCAUGGAAUGCGGAAACAUGGGCCUCUUCGACCGCGGAGUGCAGAUGCUGCUGACCACGGUGGGCGCCUUCGCGGCCUUCAGCCUCAUGACCAUCGCGGUGGGCACAGACUACUGGCUCUAUUCGCGAGGGGUCUGCAGGAGCAAAAGCGGCAACGACAACGAGACCAGCAAGAAGAACGAGGAGGUCAUGACGCACUCGGGGCUCUGGAGGACAUGCUGCCUAGAAGGAAACUUCAAGGGCAUGUGCAAACAGAUCGAUCACUUCCCCGAGGACACGGAUUACGAAGCUGACCCGUCCGAGUACUUCCUGCGUGCGGUACGAGCGUCCAGCAUCUUCCCCAUCCUCAGCGUCAUCCUGCUCUUCAUGGGAGGUUUGUGCAUUGCUGCCAGUGAGUUCUACAAGUCCAGACACAACAUCAUCCUCAGCGCAGGGAUCUUCUUUGUGUCGGCAGGCCUGAGCAACAUCAUCGGAAUCAUCGUGUACAUAUCAGCCAACGCAGGCGACCCAUCCAAGAGCGACUCCAAGAAGAACUCGUACUCAUACGGCUGGUCCUUCUACUUCGGGGCCUUGUCCUUCAUCAUGGCCGAGAUGGUGGGCGUCCUGGCCGUGCACAUGUUCAUCGACCGCCACAGGCAGCUUCGGAUCGGGACCCGCGCCGCCGACUACCUCCAGGGCUCGGCGGUGUCCCGGGUCCCGAGCUACCGCUACCGCUACCGGCGCCGCUCGCGUUCCUCGUCGCGCUCCACGGACCCGGCGCACUCGCGCGACACCUCCCCGCUUGGCCUCAAGGCCUUCGGGGCGCUGCCCUCCACCGAGAUCUCCAUGUAUACGCUGCCCCGCGAUACCCUCAAGUCUGGAGCGGGGGCACCAAACGCCAAUGCCGCCUACAACUCGGAGCGGGACCACAACUUCCUGCAAGUGCACAACUGCAUCCAGAAGGACGCCAAAGACUCGACGCAUGGGAACGCGGCCGCUAACCGGCGCACCACCCCCGUAUGAGGAGGCGUCGCCCCCGUCCGCCCGCCCGCCCGCUGCCGUGUUUAUAGGACACGUGUUGUUUUCUGCAUGACUCUUCCGGAAGCUUCCAGAAGUUCAGAAGAGGUCAGAGCCAUCCAGACGAACGCCUCCUUUAUUUUUGGACUAAGUGUUUUGCAUUCAAACUGUGAAUUGUUACAGCCAGGCCUGUAACUUCUACAAAGCUACUAUUAAUAUAAAAAAAAAAAAUAUA